UUUCUCUAUCUCUCUUACUUUCUCGCUCUAGCCUCCGCCACUUCACAACAAAACUCAUUUUCAUCCCACCUCCACUCCGCUCCACUAAUAAUAGUGGUAUAUGCUGCUGCUGUCAACAAUCACUCUCUCUAGGGUUUCCGGAUUCUGAAUGAAGCUUCUUUUCUUUUUCUUAUUUUUCUUUAAAGUUUUAGUUUCAUGAUUGCUCGCCGACAAUGAGAUGUUUUAUGUGAUUCGGAUUCGGAUAUUCCGCGAUCUUCUCUUUGAUCCGAUUCACUGUUCGGUUGUUUUCAACCAUUCGAUCUGUUGAUUUUGUGUGAUGUUGUGUGUUUGAUUAUUGAUCGAGUGAAGUUGUGAGAUUCUUUUGUUUGUGAAUAUGGAUGUGGAUCUGCAUCUCGUGGUGCUUUUUCCGGCUCGACGAGUCGGCUACUCUUGAGUAUCCAGUUUUGAGAUCAAGACAUCUGCUUUAAAUGUUAUGCAAUACUUUCUUGAGGUCUGUAAGUCUUUGGGCGGGGCACAUUGGGAGAUACACUGAGAUCACGCAGUUUAGGUACAUCUCUGGAGGUUUGAAUGCCACUCGCUGCUUAACUAAUUCGUCAAGUCAUAAGCUUGGAAGAAGGGAAAAGAUGAUGGUAGAUUCUGGUACAGCUGCUAAAGGUUCUAUGAUUGAUCUUUUACCUGAAAAGGAUGAUGAUGGUGGCUAUGCUAGUGGAGGAUGGAAAAGUGAAGAUGGAAGGUUAAGUUGCGGGUACUCCAGUUUUAGAGGAAAAAGGGCAAGCAUGGAGGACUUUUAUGACAUUAAGGCUUCCAAGAUUGAUGGGAAGUCAGUCUGCCUCUUUGGAAUAUUUGACGGUCAUGGUGGCUCUCGCGCUGCCGAAUUUUUGAAGGAACAUCUCUUUGAGAAUCUCAUGAAACAUCCAGAAUUUAUCUCAAACACGAAAUUGGCUAUUAGUGACACGUAUCAGCAGACUGACAGAGAUUUUCUGGAGUCUGAGAAGGACACAUUCCGGGAUGAUGGCUCAACAGCUUCAACAGCAGUUCUUGUUGGCAAUCACCUUUAUGUUGCUAAUGUUGGAGAUUCUCGAACUAUAAUAUCAAAGGCAGGGAAAGCAAUUGCACUCUCGGAAGAUCACAAACCAAAUAGAAGUGAUGAGAGGAAGAGAAUUGAAAGUGCCGGGGGUGUUGUGAUGUGGGCAGGCACUUGGAGGGUUGGAGGUGUGUUGGCCAUGUCUCGUGCUUUUGGCAAUCGCAUGCUGAAGCAAUUUGUUGUGGCUGAACCUGAGAUUCAGGAACAGGAGGUUGACCAUGACCUUGAAUUGCUUGUGCUUGCAAGUGAUGGACUUUGGGAUGUCGUACCUAAUGAGGAUGCUGUUUUGAUAGCGGAAACAGAAGAAGAGCCGGAAGCUGCUGCUCGGAAGUUGACAGAGACUGCUUUCAGUCGUGGCAGUGCAGACAAUAUCACCUGCAUCGUCGUCAAGUUCCACCACGACAAAGUCAAUCCUGAGCGAACCCACCAACAUCUUGAAGUCGAACCCCAACCAAACGAAACACACAAAGAAGAUUCCAAAACAGACCCUAAGCCUGAGGAAUCCCAGGAAACUCCAAAACCAGAAUCCGAGGAAACCCGACAAAGUUGAUGAAUUCUCUCUGACGCCUGAAAUUGCAUUAUUCCCAGAUGCAAAAUCGCUGUCUGAGGCAUGUCGGGCGAGGGGGGUCGAUUGGUGAUUUGUUCAUUCAUUGGUUUGGUUCUUGUAUUCUUGGCUUGUAAUUUUAUCUUGGCGGUGUAUUUGUAAGUUGAUGCUCAUUAAAGGUGUUUUUCAUGGUAAAGAAUUUGAAAGGGGUGGUGUAGUUUUUUAUAUCAUUGAAAUAAAGACUGGUGUUCUUGGUCUCUUUA